UGGACCAAGUAAUGAGCAAAGCUGCGGGUAUCCGGCUGUCUGACGUCGACAGCCAGCUCGACAUACCGUCUUCUAUUGCUGACAUAGCAAUGGACCCCUGGGAGUGCGCGACGCCUCCGAGCCGGCACUACGCAUACCGCUGGGUGGAGGGCCAGAUACGCCUCUACCGAACUGAAGCCGACGCCAACAAUGACCGCCCCCUGACCUACAAUUACGCCUCCUUCCAGCAGUUCGUUGAUGACUUCAACUCGCUCAUUGACAUGAUUAGAGAUGGACCCUUGACGUCGUUUUGCUACCGGCGCCUACAGUUCCUUUCAGCCAAGUUUAAGAUGCACGUGUUGCUGAACGAGCUCCACGAGCAGGCGCUGCAGAAGGCCGUGCCGCAUCGGGACUUUUACAACAUCAAGAAAGUAGACGUUCACAUCCACGCAGCAUCCAGCAUGAACCAGAAGCACCUCCUCCGCUUCAUCAAGCGCACGCUCCGGGAGAACCCCGACAAAGUUGUGACGAUGGACAAGGGACAACCCAUGACGCUGAAGGCGGUGUUUGAGAGCAUACAGGUGGACGCGUACGAUCUCAAUGUGGACAUAUUGGACGUUCAUGCGGACCGCAACACGUUCCAUAGAUUUGACAAAUUCAAUGCCAAAUACAAUCCGGUUGGCGAGUCGCGACUGCGCGAAGUGUUCCUCAAAACCGAUAACUACCAGAACGGCUUUUUCUUCUCCAAAAUUAUGAAGGAGGUGAUGGCAGAUAUAGAAGAGAGUAAAUACACAUACAUAGAGCCUCGCAUCUCCAUCUACUGCAAGAACAAAAUGGAGUGGAGCAAGCUGGCUACGUGGGCGGUGAAGAACAACGUCUACUCCGAGCAUGUGAGAUGGGUGGUGCAGGUGCCGAGACUCUACGACAUCUACCGAGAAAACAAGCUGCUGAACAAUUUCCAGGAGUUUCUGAACAACCUAUUCAAUCCCCUGUUCGAGGUAUCCAUUGAUCCCAGCUCCAACACGGACCUACACAAGUUCCUCAAGUACGUGAUAGCCUUCGACAGCGUAGAUGACGAGUCGAAGCCAGAGAACCCGCUGCUGGCCGGCGACGUGCGGCGCCCCGCCGAGUGGACCAACGAGGAGAACCCUCCCUACGUUUACUACCUGUACUACAUGUACGCCAACAUCGUCGUCCUCAACCAGCUGAGAAGGUCCCAGGGCUUGAACACGUUCGUGCUGCGGCCACAUUGCGGUGAGUCCGGGCCUUCCACUCACCUUGCCGCCGGAUUCUUGCUUGCGGAGAACAUCUCCCACGGUCUCAUCCUAAGAAAGGUGCCCGUGCUCCAAUACUUAUACUACCUGGCCCAGAUUUUCAUCGCCAUGUCUCCGCUGAGCAACAACUCGCUGUUCCUCAACUACCACCUGAAUCCGUUGCCCGAAUUUUUUGCUCGCGGUCUACGCGUCACGCUCUCUACCGAUGACCCACUGCAGUUUCACUACACCAAGGAACCCCUAAUGGAAGAAUACAGCAUCGCAGCGCAAGCGUGGAAGCUCUCCUCCUGCGAUAUGUGCGAGUUGGCUCGCAACUCCGUCAUCAUGUCCGGGUUCCCGCACGAACAGAAACAAAUCUGGCUCGGAGCAGAUUAUUUACUGGACGGGCCCGCAGGCAACGAUAUUACUCGGACGAAUGUGCCUAACGUGCGGCUGGCGUAUAGGAGGGAAGCGCUGCGGGCUGAAUUGGACAUACUCAGGGCAAGUUUAUUAGGUUAGAACCAAACUCUACGCCUGCGAUAUG